AUCGACCGAGCCAGCCCCAAGUCCAUUUCGGCACCCUCCCUCCCCACCUUUCUCCUCCCCCCAUGAAACCCUAGCUGCUCGUCGCCAUGGACAACGAGCACGCCUCCACCUCCUCCACCAAGGGCAAGCGCGGCCGGCCUGGCCGGCAGCCGAAACCGCCGCCCGCCCCAUCCCCCGCCCCCGCCGAAAAUGGGAACCACGCCCCCUCCUCGGGCCAAAAGCGCAAGCGCGGCCGCAAGCCGAAGCAGCCGGCCGCCGCCGCCGCUUCCUCCGACGGCCAUCACCCAUCCUCUCCCCUCGCCGCGGCGGUCUCCGCCUCCGCCUCCGCCUCCGCCUCAGACUCGCCUGAUCCCGCUUCCCUCGCCGCCCCUCGCGGCCGCGGCCGCAAGUCUCGGCGGGGCCGUCCCGAGCCGCCGUCCGACGCCGCCCCCCACGCGCCUCCGUCACCCCCGCGCCGCGGCGCGAAGAAGGGGGCGGCCAACUCCAAGGCGGCGGAGGUCCCCGUGGUGGAGCCGUUGCGGUGGGAGCAGGUGGCAAAGGUGAUGCCGUCGAUGGAUGCAGUGGUGAAGGUGUUCUGCGUGCACACGGAGCCGAACUUCUCGCUGCCAUGGCAGCGCAAGCGGCAAUAUAGCUCCAGCAGUAGCGGAUUCAUCAUUGGGGGGCGCAGGGUGCUUACCAACGCCCACUCCGUCGAGCAUUACACCCAGGUCAAGCUUAAGAAGAGAGGAUCCGAUACCAAAUAUCUCGCCACCGUUCUCGCCAUUGGAACUGAAUGUGACAUUGCAAUGUUAACUGUAGAGGAUGAUGAAUUCUGGAAAGGGGUUUCGCCUGUAGAGUUUGGAUCUUUGCCUGCACUUCAAGAUGCUGUGACCGUUGUUGGUUACCCAAUUGGAGGAGACACUAUCUCGGUCACAAGUGGUGUUGUAUCUAGAAUAGAGAUACUUUCAUAUGUUCAUGGUUCAACAGAGCUUUUAGGAUUGCAGAUAGAUGCAGCUAUAAAUUCAGGAAACUCUGGGGGCCCUGCUUUUAAUGAUAAGGGCAAGUGUGUGGGCAUAGCUUUCCAAUCUCUUAAACACGAAGAUGUAGAAAAUAUAGGCUAUGUCAUACCCACCCCAGUAAUUAAUCACUUCAUUCAAGACUAUGAAAAGUCUGGGGAGUACACAGGUUUUCCUAUACUUGCAAUAGAAUGGCAGAAAAUGGAAAAUCCUGAUCUUCGGAAGGCAAUGGGAAUGAAAUCUGACCAAAAGGGUGUCCGUAUCAGAAGGGUUGAGCCAACUGCUCCAGAAUAUGAAUUCUUGCAAUCUUCUGAUAUUGUUCUAAGCUUUGAUGGCGUUGACAUUGCCAAUGAUGGUACAGUUCCUUUCAGACAUGGGGAGCGUAUUGGCUUCAGCUACCUUGUUUCGCAGAAGUACACUGGUGAGAAGGCCCAUGUCAAAGUUCUGAGGAAUUCAAAAGUUCUUGAAUUUAACAUUAAGUUGGCAACCCACAAAAGGCUCAUUCCAGCUCAUAUAAAGGGCAAGCCACCAUCAUAUUACAUUGUUGCUGGCUUUGUUUUUAUGGCUGUAUCUGUUCCAUAUCUCAGAUCCGAGUAUGGAAAAGAGUAUGAAUAUGAUGCCCCUGUCAAGUUGCUGGACAAGCAUUUACAUGCAAUGGCUCAAUCCCCUGACGAGCAGCUUGUGGUGGUGUCACAGGUUCUUGUAGCAGACAUCAACAUUGGUUAUGAAGAAAUUGUCAAUAUUCAGGUUCUUGCCUUUAAUGGCAAAACAAUAAAAAAUUUAAAGCACUUGGCGACCAUGGUGGAAGCUUGUAGUGAAGAAUUCUUAAAAUUUGAUAUGGACUAUGAGCAGCUGGUUGUUCUUGAGACGAAAACGGCAAAGGCUGCUACUCAGGAUAUUCUGACAACACAUUGUAUACCUUCCGCGAUAUCAGAAGAUUUGAAAACUUGAGAAAAGCAAGAUGCUUGCUGAUUUUUGCCUCGACUGAUUAACACAAUGUCCACUACACAGAAAGCCUCACUUUGGGAUUUUAAGUACCAACGAACUCUGGCUGCAGAUCAGACUGGAGUCUGGUGGCACCAAUGAAAGCCAAUGAUAGCAGGUUCACAUCAUCAUAAGUUGGGUUGAUUAGGUUGAAUAGCAGCAAGGAGCCCUUGAGAGAUUGUGGAAUAUUACAAAGUUUUGUUCCCAUUUGAAUAUUUGAUUCAUUGAGCCAAUAUCAGAAAACUUAACCUGAAUGCCCCUGCAUGUUCCCUUCUCACUGCCAAGUUUGAUCUGGUGAUAUUUCUACUUGAAACGUAUGUAAUCUUUUGCAACAAGAGGCUAUUUUUUCUGUGCCCUUUUUAUCUGCUUUCAGGGUGCUUUUAAGCGUUUCUUGCCGGCCAAAACAUAUAUCUUAAGUGUCUUUUGCACCAGAAUUUGAAUUGUUUUC